UAGUGAAACAUCACGUUGAGAGAGCUUCGAAACUUUGUUUUAAUGUCUAAAAGUCCCCGCAUUAAAAAUAAGCUAUUUUUGAAUGAUAUCAGAUUGUGAAUGUAUUGUUGACUGACAAUACGGUAUAAAAAUAGAUUUACCAUAAAGGAAAUAGUCGUAAUAAGGGAUUUUUUUGGUACGUCCAUUGGCAAUUGAUCCAACCUGCAACGUCUUCAGAAGAGUGUCAAGUAUCAAUUACGAAUAAAAUAAACAUAGUUAUUGGUCAUUACUUCGCAAGUCAUCUGAUAUCAGUGGAACCGAAGGCAGCCAAAAUUUUAAGUUUUUCUUCAUUUAUAAGUCUUACAAUGGCGAAGGAAAGAGUUUUUGUUGCUGGUGUAGGAAUGACGAAGUUUGAAAAACCUGGUUCUAGUGGCAAAGAUUAUCCAGAUUUUGCCAAAGAAGCAGCUCUCAUUGCCUUAAAAGAUGCGUCAAUAUCUUACAAUGAAGUUGAACAAGUUGUAUGUGGAUAUGUUUAUGGUGACUCGACAUGUGGCCAAAGAGCAGUUUAUGAAGUAGGACUAACUGGAGUACCCAUUUAUAAUGUAAACAAUGCCUGUGCAACUGGAUCUUCAGCUCUAUUUCUUGCCAAGCAACUUGUAGAAGGAGGAGUUGCUCAAUGUGUAUUAGCUCUUGGUUUUGAAAAAAUGGAGAUAGGAUCUCUUCAAGGCAAGUAUGCUGAUCGGGCACUUCCUGUUGAAAAACAUUUGGCUGUGAUGGUAGAGUCACAUGGCAUUGCACCAGCACCAGUUACACCGCAAAUGUUUGGAAAUGCCGGUAGAGAGCACAUGGCUAAAUAUGGAACGACGUCUGACCAUUUUGCUAAAAUUGCAUACAAGAAUCACAAACAUUCCGUAAAUAAUCCCCUAUCGCAAUUUCAAAAAGAAUACUCCAUGGAGGAAAUCAAGCAGUCCCGUAUGGUGUACGAACCACUAACCAAGCUUCAAUGUUGUCCAACAAGUGAUGGUGCUGCGGCUGCGAUCCUUUGCAGUAAAGAGUUUAUUGCACGUCAUCCAUCUUUACGCUCACGAUGUGUGGAAAUACUCGGAAUGGAAAUGGCGACAGAUUUCUCCAGCACAUUUGAGGAAAAAAGUUGCAUUAAAAUGGUCGGGUAUGAUAUGACUAAGACAGCUGCAAAAAAAUUGUAUGAAAAAACGGAAAUUUCGCCGUCAUCUAUUCAAGUUGUUGAACUUCAUGAUUGUUUUUCUACGAAUGAGUUGAUAUCAUACGAGGCGUUAGGACUUUGCCCUGAAGGUAAAGGUGGAGAACUUGUUGACAGUGGCAAUAAUACAUAUGGAGGAAAAUAUGUUAUUAACCCAAGCGGUGGUUUGAUAUCUAAGGGCCAUCCCUUGGGCGCCACAGGUCUGGCACAGUGUGCUGAAUUAUGUGCUCAACUGCGAGGUGAAUGUGGUAAACGCCAAGUACCAGGUGCUAUUGUUGCUCUACAGCAUAACUUGGGAAUUGGUGGAGCAGUGGUUGUCGCUUUAUAUAAAAUGGCCUUUUCGAAAAAUGGUACGGUCAUCAAAUCAAGUGCUGGAGUCAGCACUUUCAAGUCAUUGCCUGUUUUUAAAUAUAUGGAAGAAGUACUAGAAAAGGAAGGAGCAAAAUUUGUAAAGCAAGUGAAAGCGCUUUUCUUAUUUGAACUGACGAACGGUCCCAACGGAGAGACCAAAAAAUGGACUAUUGAUCUUAAAAACGGAAAUGGCUCAAUUCAUCUCGGGGGCAAUAAGUCAGAUGUUGACUGCACUGUAACAAUAAAGGAUGAAGACUUCUAUAAAAUGGCGAGUGGCUCAUUGAAUCCACAAACAGCAUAUUUUCAAGGCAAACUAAAGGCGUCUGGAAAUAUUGUGUUAAUUGCAAAACUUGGAAAACUUUUGCCUCGUGGAACUUUAUCUAAACUUUAAUUUAUUAGGCCAAGUUCGUAAGGUCAGACAUAAUAUAAAUUCUUUAUUUACUUAUCAGUUACAACCUUCUUUUAAAGUGUACGUGUAGCCCCUAUACUGCUAUAUUACGUAUAUUCGCAAGUCCAGAUACCGGUAGAAAAGGCAAUGCCAAGUUUUCCUUUAACAAAAUUUUUGGUAAACAUACUUUUGACGUCAUUUAUAUCACAUAUGUGAGGUAUUAUUGGAUAGUAACCUCAGUCCAAUGCCUCUGUCUUUGAUAUAUUUUUAAGUAAUUUUGUCUUUUUUAACAUUAUCGACCGUAUUCUAAAAGCUCAUUCACACUUACACUCUGAUUGAGGCUUUAAAAUCACCUCAUAACUAUUCGAGGAUGGUGUUUUCGCUCCACUGAUUGCUUGAUUUGAAAUAUAUUAGCAAAUAUCUAGCCAUCGCUGAAAAAUGACUUUGCCAUUGAGUAGAAAGAGCAUGCAUGAUUUUUAUGUGCACUCAGAGGCAUGAGUGCUCCUUAUAAGACGUCACGAUUUCUAUUAGUUAUUUUUAAUAUCAGAGCACAUCACGAAUAGUUACAAAUUAAAUGAAACGAAACAACAUUUUAUUUCUAAUACAGGUGUACAUUAAAUAUAUCGAAUUGUUGCACGUAUACUUUAAAUUGAAGGAAGCAGUAUGUUAAUGUUUAGAUCAAAUUGUUAUACUUACGCAGACAUUUAUAUUAUCAUAUCGACAAAGUUGAAUGAAGAGAAGGGAACUUAAUAAAACUUACUUACGGGUAUAA